CCAGGCAAGCCAGGAACACAAGGAAGGCCCGGAACAGGAGGAAGGCCUGGAAUUGGGGGUACAGGAGGAACUCAAGGCAGGCCUGGAACAGGUGGAAGACUAGGUGAAGGUGGACUUGGUCCCGACAGUGGUUUCCCCGAAGGUUCCCGGGGACCCGAUGGCAGUUCGCCAGUCUACCCUACCGGCUCACCAGGACCGCAGGGACGACCAGGCUCAAGAAGACCAGGAACACCAGGCGAACCAGGAAUACCAGGCAAACCAGGAACGGGAGGCACGCCUGGAGUAGGAGGCGUUGGCAGUCAAGGUAGGCCUGGGACAGGAGGCAUACCGGGAGUUCCAGGCAAGCCAGGAACACAAGGGAGGCCCGGAACAGGAGGGAGGCCUGGAACUGGGGGUACAGGGGGAACUCAAGGCAGGCCUGGAACAGGUGGAAGACCUGGUGGCGGUGGACUUGGUCCCGACAGUGGUUUCCCCGAAGGUUCCCGAGGACCCGAUGGCAGUUCGCCAGUUUAUCCUACCGGCUCACCAGGACCGCAGGGACGACCAGACUCAAGAAGACCAGGAACACCAGGCGAACCAGGAAUACCAGGCAAACCAGGAACGGGAGGCACACCUGGAGUAGGAGGCGUUGGCAGUCAAGGUAGGCCUGGGACAGGAGGCACACCGGGAGUUCCAGGCAAGCCAGGAACACAAGGGAGGCCCGGAACAGGAGGGAGGCCUGGAACUGGGGGUACAGGGGGAACUCAAGGCAGGCCUGGAACAGGUGGAAGACCUGGUGGCGGUGGACUUGGUCCCGACAGUGGUUUCCCCGAAGGUUCCCGAGGACCCGAUGGCAGUUCGCCAGUUUAUCCUACCGGCUCCCCAGGACCGCAGGGACGACCAGGCCCAAGAAGACCAGGAACACCAGGCAAACCGGGAAUACCAGGCAAACCAGGAGCGGGAGGCACGCCUGGAGUAGGAGGCGUUGGCAGUCAAGGUAGGCCUGGCACAGGAGGCACACCGGGAGUUCCAGGCAAGCCAGGAACACAAGGAGGGCCCGGAACAGGAGGGAGGCCUGGAACUGGGGGUACAGGGGGAACUCAAGGCAGGCCUGGAACAGGUGGAAGACCUGGUGGCGGUGGACUUGGUCCCGACAGUGGUUUCCCCGAGGGUUCCCGAGGACCCGGUGGCAGUUCGCCAGUUUAUCCUACCGGCUCACCAGGACCGCAGGGACGACCAGGCCCAAGAAGACCAGAAACACCAGGCGAACCAGGAAUGCCAGGCAAACCAGGAACGGGAGGCACGCCUGGAGUAGGAGGCGUUGGCAGUCAAGGUAGGCCUGGGACAGGAGGCACACCGGGAGUUCCAGGCAAGCCAGGAACACAAGGGAGGCCCGGAACAGGAGGGAGGCCUGGAACUGGGGGUACAGGGGGAACUCAAGGCAGGCCUGGAACAGGUGGAAGACCUGGUGGCGGUGGACUUGGUCCCGACAGUGGUUUCCCCGAAGGUUCCCGAGGACCCGAUGGCAGUUCGCCAGUUUAUCCUACCGGCUCCCCAGGACCGCAGGGACGACCGGGCUCAAGAAGACCAGGAACACCAGGCGAACCGGGAAUACCAGGCAAACCAGGAACGGGAGGCACACCUGGAGUGGGAGGCAUUGGCACUCAAGGUAGGCCUGGCACAGGAGGCACACCGGGAGUUCCAGGCAAGCCAGGAACACAAGGGAGGCCCGGAACAGGAGGGAGGCCUGGAACUGGGGGUACAGGGGGAACUCAAGGCAGGCCUGGAACAGGUGGAAAACCUGGUGGCGGUGGACUUGGUCCCGACAGUGGUUUCCCCGAAGGUUCCCGAGGACCCGAUGGCAGUUCGCCAGUUUAUCCUACCGGCUCACCAGGACCGCAGGGACGACCAGGCCCAAGAAGACCAGGAACACCAGGCGAACCAGGAAUACCAGGCAAACCAGGAACGGGAGGCACACCUGGAGUAGGAGGCGUUGGCAGUCAAGGUAGGCCUGGGACAGGAGGCACACCGGGAGUUCCAGGCAAGCCAGGAACACAAGGGAGGCCCGGAACAGGAGGGAGGCCUGGAGCUGGGGGUACGGGGGGAACUCAAGGCAGGCCUGGAACAGGUGGAAGACCUGGUGGCGGUGGACUUGGUCCCGACAGUGGUUUCCCCGAAGGUUCCCGAGGACCCGAUGGCAGUUCGCCAGUUUAUCCUACCGGCUCCCCAGGACCGCAGGGACGACCAGGCUCAAGACGACCGGGAAAGCCAGGCAAACCAGGAAUACCAGGCAAACCAGGAACGGGAGGCACGCCUGGAGUAGGAGGCGUUGGCAGUCAAGGUAGGCCUGAGACAGGAGGCACACCGGGAGUUCCAGGCAAACCGGGAACACAAGGAGGGCCCGGAACAGGAGGAAGGCCUGGAACGGGGGGUACGGGAGGAACUCAAGGCAGGCCUGGAACAGGUGGAAGACCAGGUGGCGGUGGACUUGGUCCCGACAGUGGUUUCCCCGAAGGUUCCCGAGGACCCGGUGGCAGUUCGCCAGCAUAUCCCACCGGCUUCCCAGGACCGCAGGGACGACCAGGCUCAAGGAGACCAGGAACACCAGGCAAACCGGGAAUACCAGGCAAACCAGGAACAGGAGGCACACCUGGAGUGGGAGGCAUUGGCACUCAAGGUAGGCCUGGCACAGGAGGCACACCGGGAGUUCCAGGCAAGCCAGGAACACAAGGAGGGCCCGGAACAGGAGGAAGGCCUGGAACGGGUGGUACAGGAGGAACUCAAGGCAGGCCUGGAACAGGUGGAAGACCAGGUGGCGGUGGACUUGGUCCCGACAGUGGUUUCCCCGAAGGUUCCCGAGGACCCGAUGGCAGUUCGCCAGUCUAUCCUACCGGCCCCCCAGGACCGCAGAGACGACCAGACUCAAGACGACCGGGAAAGCCAGGCAAACCAGGAAUACCAGGCAAACCAGGAACAGGAGGCACACCUGGAGUGGGAGGCAUUGGCACUCAAGGUAGGCCUGGCACAGGAGGCACACCGGGAGUUCCAGGCAAACCGGGAACACAAGGAAGGCCCGGAACAGGAGGAAGGCCUGGAACGGGGGGUACGGGAGGAACUCAAGGCAGGCCUGGAACGGGUGGAAGACCAGGUGGCGGUGGACUUGGUCCCGACAGUGGUUUCCCCGAGGGUUCCCGAGGACCCAGCGGCAGUUCGCCAGUCUAUCCUACCGGUUCCCCAGGACCGCAGGGACGACCAGGCUCAAGAAGACCAGGAACACCAGGCAAGCCAGGAAUACCAGGCAAACCAGGAACGGGAGGCGCGCCUGGAGUAGGAGGCGUUGGCACUCAAGGUAGGCCUGGAACAGGAGGCACACCGGGAGUCCCAGACAAGCCAGGAACACAAGGAGGGCCCGGAACAGGAGGAAGGCCUGGAACAGGAGGAACAGGAGGGACUCAAGGCAGGCCCGGAACAGGAGGAAGGCCAGGAACAGGGAGUACAGGAGGGACUCAAGGCAGGCCUGGAACAGGUGGAAGGCCUGGUGGCGGUGGACUUGGUCCCGACAGUGGUUUCCCCGAAGGUUCCCGAGGACCCGAUGGCAGUUCGCCAGUCUAUCCUACCGGCUCCCCAGGACCACAGAGACGACCAGACUCAAGAAGACCAGGAAAGCCAGGCAAGCCAGGAAUACCAGGCAAACCAGGAACGGGGGGCACGCCCGGAGUAGGAGGCGUUGGCACUCAGGGUAGGCCUGGGACAGGAGGCACACCGGGUGUCCCAGGCAAGCCAGGAACACAAGGAAGGCCCGGAACAGGAGGAAGGCCUGGAACAGGGGGUACAGGGGGAACUCAAGGCAGGCCUGGAACAGGUGGAAGACUAGGUGAAGGUGGACUUGGUCCCGACAGUGGUUUCCCCGAGGGAAGCCGCGGCCCUAGUGGAGGUUCUGGACGGCCAGGAACCGGUGAUGGAGUUGGAGGUCCUGGACGGCCAGGAGCCGGUGGUGGAGUUGGAGGUUCUGGAAGACCAGGAGCCGGCGAUGGAUUUGGAGGUUCUGGAAGACCAGGAGCCGGUGAUGGAGUUGGAGGUCCUGGACGGCCAGGAGCCGGUGGUGGAGUUGGAGGUUCUGGAAGACCAGGAGCCGGCGAUGGAUUUGGAGGUUCUGGAAGACCAGGAGCCGGUGGUGGAGUUGGAGGUUUUGGAAGACCUGGAGCCGGUGGUGGAGUUCCGGAAGGCCAGGAGCCGGCGAUGGAAAGACCAGGAGCCGGUGGUGGAGUUGGAGGUUCUGGAAGACCAGGAGCCGGUGGUGGAGUUGGAGGUUUUGGAAGACCAGGAGCCGGUGGUGGAGUUGGAGGUUCUGGAAGACCAGGAGCCGGCGGGGUUGGAGGUUCCGGAAGGCCAGGAGCCGGCGAUGGAGUUGGAGGUUCUGGAAGACCAGGAGCCGGUGGUGGAGUUGGAGGUUCUGGACGGCCAGGAGCCGGCGAUGGAUUUGGAGGUUCUGGAAGACCAGGAGCCGGUGGUGGAGUUGGAGGUUCUGGAAGACCAGGAGCCGGUGGUGGAGUUGGAGGUUCUGGAAGACCAGGAGCCGGUGAUGGGGUUGGAGGCUCCGGAAGGCCAGGAGCCGGUGGUGGAGUUGGAGGUUCUGGAAGACCAGGACCCGAUGGUGGAGUUGGAGGCUCUGGAAGGCCAGGAGCCGGCGAUGGUGGCGCUGGACGCCCCGGCUCGGGACGGCCUGGCGCCGGCGGGGGUGCCCCUGGUGGUGCAGGUGUGGCCGGCGGAGCAGGACGGCCGGGCCAGGGUACCCGCACGGGGGCAGACUAUCAAGGCCGACCUGUCGGCGGUGCUCGUAGACCCACCGGCGGCGAAGGCGACAGGUUCAAUGUUUUGGGAUCCGCGGGCAACCCCAGGGUUGGGUUCACGAGGCCGUCCUUCGCACGACCGGAUGGCGGAACGGUCGCCGGCAGCGGCCAGGAUGUGGCGAGGCCCGGCUCUGAUAGAGGAGAGCCAUCAAGACGGCCCAAACCUGGCGAAGAACAGGAGAGAGAGCAGCCUACAUCUGACAGAGGACAAGCAGGAGGAAGACCCACCCCUGCCGGAGGACAGGUCGGCGCGCCAGGAGCGGGAGGAAGACCCACCCCUGCCAGAGGUCAGGCCGGCGCACAAGGAGCGGGAGGAAGACCCACCCCUGCCAGAGAUCAGGCCGGCGCACAAGGAGUGGGAGGAAGACCCACCCCUGCCAGAGGUCAGGUCGGCACACCAGGGACGGGAGCCGUCCAGAGCGCGGACCGUCCGACCGGAGGUCUUAUUGACAGGUCCAAGACACCAACGCAAACCCCCGGAAAGCUGCUGAAGUUCCUUCGCGCGCACUUGUUCGGCCCAGGAGGCAUAAAGCGGAAGGAGAACGAGAUCGGUCCAGAGAUCUGCGAGAGACCAGGCAUGUUCCGCCACCCGACCAACUGCAACAAGUUCUACGAGUGCUUCUGGGACCAGUGGUCCGAGCGGUACACACUGCACGUGUUCAACUGCGCGGUCAGGCUGGUGUACGACGAGUCCAUCUCGGCCUGCAACUGGGGCUACAGCAACUCGGACUGCGCUGACCGGCCCGACGAGGAGCUGGAGCGGCUGCUGCGCGAGGCCGACCGCACCCAGUUCCCCGACGGGCUGCUGGAUGGCUACCCCGACGUGCGCGAGUACCUCGGCCUCUGAGCCGACCGACCGGCCGGCCGGGGCGACCCGCCCGUCACCAGGCCAGCCCCGACGACGGCUCGCUGCGAGAGCCUGCUUCCCUGCGGGCACUGAGGCGUUGCGCGUUGUCCCACAGUAUGUGGUGAGAUGCGUGGGGCCUCAGCCCGCUCGAGUGCGCGAGGCUGACGCAGCGAAGCGGCGCGAGCGGCGUCUGGCGGCGCGGCGGCGCCCUGGCUGUGAUAAGGGCGGACUAUGUCGCUGGGCAGCGCGCGAGGUAGCGGCUUCACCGAGCGGCGCUGCAAGCUGGCUAACGUAUGGUAUUCUGACCGACUGUGAGCUUAUUUGACAGCUGACUCGUCGCCCCCCUCCCCGCGCGCGAGACGCGGCCCGACAGCAGGGGUGGCAGCGUGGGUGGGAGGAGCCAGCGUUAGUCGCAGAUGUCUGGCGGAGCGAGCGAAUGCUGCAGCUGUUCUUGGAGACGUGUGGGUCGUAUAGCUGAGGUGUGUUUGUUAGGCCAGCCUAAUUUCGCUCGUUUCGGUGGCAACGCAACUGGAGAGUGGACGUUUUCGCUUUUGCAGAGCGAGUAAACCCUUGUGGGUUACCAUUUCAUCUGCUGUGGGCAGCUUAACGCUGUUUCUUUUCUACCACGCCGUGUAUCUGUUCCGUGACUGUCAUGGCGUCCUUUUAACGAAGUCCCGAGAACAUGGCGGCAGUGAGAAGCAUUUCGCCCGGAAACGGCCACCGAAUGGAUAUUAGUAAUAAGUUGUGGUAAAACGCAGUGCAGAAUACAUUGCAUUCUGGACAUUGCAUAGACAUACAGUUAGUUAUGCAUGAAGUAGGCAUAAUUUGGAUGCCCUCCUGCGUGUCUUGUCUAUGCAUACAAUCUUCUUGACUAGAUCUUCGGGCAGAAAUGGACUGGGUUCUUCUUCAAUGCUGAUGUAGGCAUGGCUAUGUUGUAAAUAACCAUCGGAAAUCAUAGUGUAGAUCCAUGGAUCGUUUUGCAAUAAACAAAGAGGUGGUUU